AUGUGGAGCAAUCGCUGCUCUAUUUUAAUCCUGGCGCUGCUGGUCGCCAGCAAUGCAGGAAAAGUAUCCGGAAGAUUGCCUAGAAUUCUGCCGGAACCCUUGGCAGAGGGCGAGGGUGUGAUAGUGCGCGGAGAUUGUGAAUUUAAGGUGAACGGCGACCUCAACGACCCCGCUCCGCUCUUUUCGCGACACAACUCCUACGAAAUUAUAGUGCCAGAUCCCACGGACACAGUGCGUUUGGUUAAUGGAGAGCUCCUGGACAUGUUCUGCCCGGGAGUGGGGUUUGCGGCCCCCUUCGCGAAUCGCUCGCAUGUGACGGCCACGUGUCUGCAGAGCAAGUACUUUCUGGUCGAUGACCUCAUCUAUCCGUUCGCCAACUUCUCCUGCACUGGCUGGCCCAUUUUUAGUGCCCUGCGGACGGGCAAGGACUGCAAUGGGGGCACAGAUCUCGUCCAGGUGGGCUUCGAGGUGGAGGAUGGCGGCUUCCUGCAGUCCUACGAACUUUGCCACGAUGCCGAGGCGGAAGCAACGCGUUACGUCCACCAUGUGCUCUACCCCUCGAGCUACGACUAUCAGCACGGAGUGGCGCGACCCAGCUUUAUCGAACUCGACUUCUACGGGGGCAGGGAUGUCAAUACGAAGUACACCCAAGUGCAGCAGAACAUCACCAUCAGCAACAUACUCGGACUGGAUGCCUCGCCCUAUUUCAACUAUAGUGAUGAUCGCAUCCUGUCCCGAGGUCACAUGAUAGCCAAAACGGAUCAGAUCUUUGGGGCAGCCCAGCACUCUACCUUCCUGUUCAUCAAUGUGGCGCCCCAGUGGCAGACCUUCAACGGAGGCAACUGGGAGAGGGUGGAGACGAGUGUUAGAAAGUUCGUGGCCGACCGGAACCUCACCACCGAUUGCUAUACAGGCACCUGGGGUGUCUCCACCCUGCCCGAUGUGGAUGGGAUCGAGAGGGAGCUAUACCUUGACUUUGAUGAGAACAACAACGGCUUGAUCCCCGUGCCCAAGAUAUAUUAUCGCGUGGUCAUCGACCGGCUGACUCGCGAGGGCAUCGUGAUCAUUGGCAUUAACAACCCCUACUUGACGUUGGAGCAAAUCCUCAAGGACUACAUUCUGUGCAAGGAUAUUGGGCAUCAGAUCAGCUGGCUAACUUGGUACAAGGAAGAUCUGCACGAGGGUUAUUCCUAUGCCUGCACUGUGGAGGACUUCGUUGAGGUGGUGAAGGACUUGCCGCUGGAAGAUCUGUAUACAAGUGGGGUUCUUGGACUGGACGACGUGACAACUGUUGGGCCUUCUAGUACUACCGAAGUUCCUUCAACCACAGUGCCUGUAACUACAUCUACACCUUCUACCACCGAAGAACCGAGCUCUUCUACUGACACACCCACUGUAGAACCAAGUCCCUCCACCACCUUAGCGCCCACCUCAACCACUGCGGAACCCUCUUCAUCAUCCUCGGUGUCUCCCAGCACCUCAAAUCCUCCCUCACCCACUGGAUAUCUCUGCAAGUUCAGUAUAAAUGGGGACCUCAAGGACCCUGCUCCCCUGCUAACUCCGCAAGGAGCACUUAGCUGGCUUCUACCUGAUGAAAGUGGUAUUUACACAGUUGAAGAGGGAUCUUCCAUAGAUCUGCAUUGCACUGGAGCUCUGGUGACACCCUUUAAUAGGUAUACCGCAGUAACGGCACGUUGUGUUGGCGAUCAGUUGUACGAGGCUGAAGGACAGAGGGUCAAUAUUAGGGGAUUCGUCUGCCAGAGCUGGCCCACCUAUGUGGCAGUCCGAUCUGGAGAGUCCUGCGAAGGUGGUACGGAUCUUGUGCACAUUGGAUUCGAUGUGGCCGCCGGCUUUCUCAGCCAUGUUGAGCUCUGCUAUGAUCAGCAGGAGCAGAUCUCGCGGUACGCUCGAUAUGAACUGACACCGGCCAAUGUGGCCUAUCAGAAGGGAGUUGCGCAACCGGGGUAUCUCCGAGGUGACUUCUACACUGGUGAAGAUGUCAACGUUCUCUACGGGCAGUCCCAUCAGCUGGAGGCAUUUAGCUCUGCCCUGGGCUUGGAUGCCAGUCAGUACUUCGAUGGCACGAGGGAUCUCUACUUGACCCGAGGUCAACUGGCCGCUCGUCUCGAUUUCGUGCAUAGUUCCGCCCAGAGAGCCACUCACUUCUACAUCAAUGCAGUUCCCCAAUGGAGGAGUAUCAACGUUGGAAACUGGCUAGCAGUGGAGUCCAGUUUACGGCAAUUUGUGGCCGAUGAGGCCUUAAAUGUGAGUGUACAUGCCGGCAGCUAUGACGUCUCAACUCUACCCAACUCCCAAGGAGUCCAGACUCCCCUAUAUCUAAAUGCGGAGACGAAGCAACUGCCCGUAGCCAAGAUACUCUAUCGCAUUGUCAUCGAUCAGGAGAGUCAAAAGGGCAUUGUCUUAAUAGUGGUGAACAAUCCGCACAUCACUUUGGCCCAGACUCUGGAGAACUAUGUGAUCUGCGAGGAUGUGGGUGCUCAGCUGGAUUGGUUGGAAUGGGAUAAGAGUGAUCUGCAGAAGGGUUACUCGUAUGCCUGCUCUGUUGAAGACUUUAUCCAGGUGGUCAAGGAUCUGCCCACGGACCAACUUCAGACCACGGGUAUCCUCGGCUUGAGAAGCCAGUCCCUCGAAAAUGAGCUGUGCAGCUUUCAAGUGAACGGAGAUCUCAAGGAUCCGGCUCCUCUGUUUGUGGUCAGGAGUGAGUUGGGUCAUGCCAGAUAUGUAGAGCCAAAUCCCGAGGGCUUAGUGCAGCUUAAGCAUGGAGAGGCUCUGGAGUUCCACUGCAUCAAGUCCUUAACUGGACCCUUUUCUGGUCACACCUUCGUGAACUCCACCUGCUGGCAGCAGCAGAGCUUCCUCGCCAUGGGCAGUUUGUAUGAUCUGCAGGACUUUGUCUGCACCUCCUGGCCAACAUACACGGCACGUCGGACUGGUCGCUACUGUAAUGGAGGUACCGAUCUCCUGGAGGUGGGCUUCCAGCUCUCAUCCUCGAAUUCCGACGAUUUCCUGCAGACCUACGAUGUGUGUCACAACGAACUGAGUGAGGUCACCCGCUAUGUGCAUCAUGUUCUGUACCCGGGCAGUAACCAAUACCAGAGAUCUGUGUCCAGGCCUAGCUUCGUUACCGGCGACUUUUACGGCGGCAAGGAUGUGAACACCCUGUACACCCAGAAGCAGCAGAAUAUCACGAUCUCGGAGAUCCUGGGCAUGGAUGCCUCGCCCUACUUCAACACCAGCGGAAACGUUUACCUGGCCCGCGGUCACCUCUCCGCCAAAACCGACUUUGUCUUCGGGGCCGCCCAGCAGGCCUCCUUCUUCUUCGUGAAUGCGGCUCCCCAGUGGCAGACCUUCAACGGAGGCAACUGGGAAAGGAUUGAGGAUAGUGUGAGGAAGUUCGUGGCCGAUGGGAAUAUUACAGCGGACUGCUACACGGGCACUUGGGGCGUGUCCACCCUGCCCGACGUGGAUGGCGUUGAGAGGGAGCUGUAUCUGGACUUUGAUGAGAACAACAAUGGAUUGAUCCCAGUGCCCAAGCUGUACUAUCGCGUGGUUAUCGAUCGCCUGAGUAGGAAGGGCAUCGUUCUACUGGGUGUAAAUAAUCCACAUGUAAGUGUGGAGCAAAUCCAAAAGGAGUACAUCAUUUGCCAGGAUAUUGGCGGGGAAUUGUCCUGGGUCAGUUGGACCAAGGAGGAUCUGAAGAAGGGCUACUCCUACGCCUGCACUGUAGAAGACUUUACUGCUGUGGUAAAAGACGUGCCACUCGAUGAUCUACAGGUUGUUGGUGUGCUAGGCAUUUAAGGCUGGAUUUUAAGGCUUAACAGAACGAAUUUCUUAAUUUAAAACCAAUAAAAAAACUACCUUAUC